UUGCAGCUGGAGUUCGCCGUGCAGAUGACUUGUCAGAGCUGCGUGGACGCGGUGCUCAAGUCCCUACAAGGGGUGACAGAAGCAGACCCCUGGCUGGGGAUUUAGCUCAGUGGUGCUGCUGCCUGCCUCGAAAGCACAAGGUCCUGAGUUCAAUCCCCAGUACUGCCAAAAAAAACAAAAAGAAGAAGAAGAAGCAGACUCUGAGGAAUUAAAAGGUUAAGAGGAUUCAAGGUCACACAUCUAGAAGGCAGCUUCCAAGCUUAGCUCUGGCCAUAGUAAGGUGUCCAGGAUGUAAAGGUGCAGUUGGAGAAUCAAAUGGUCUUAGUGCAGACCACUCUGCCUAGCCGGGAGGUGCAGGCACUCCUGGAAGGCACUGGGCGGCAGGCUGUACUCAAGGGCAUGGGAAGCAGCCAAUUGCAGAAUCUGGGGGCAGCAGUGGCCAUUCUGGGAGGCCCUGGCCCUGUGCAGGGGGUGGUACGCUUCCUACAGCUGAGCCCUGAGCGGUGCCUCAUCGAGGGAACCAUUGAUGGCCUGCAGCCUGGCUUGCAUGGGCUCCAUGUCCAUCAGUAUGGGGACCUCACAAGGGACUGCAGCAGCUGUGGGGACCACUUCAACCCUGAUGGAAGGUCUCAUGGGGGCCCUCAGGACUCUGACCGGCACCAUGGAGACCUGGGCAAUGUCCAUGCUGAUGCUGAUGGCCGAGCCAUCUUCCGGAUAGAGGAUGAGCAGCUGAAGGUGUGGGAUGUGAUUGGCCGCAGCCUAGUUAUCGAUGAGGGAGAAGAUGACCUGGGCCGGGGAGGCCAUCCCUUAUCCAAGAUCACAGGGAACUCUGGGGAGAGGUUGGCCUGUGGCAUCAUCGCACGCUCUGCUGGCCUUUUCCAGAACCCCAAACAGAUCUGCUCCUGUGAUGGUGUCACCAUCUGGGAGGAGCGAGGCCGGCCUAUUGCUGGUGAGGGCCGGAAGAACUUGGGCCAGCCCCCUGCCCACCUCUGAGCAGAGCUUCAUCUCAAGUCUGUUCCUCCUCCCAGCUGAGUACCUUCCUCCUCACUUGCCCAGGCCUACAAGAACUAGGUACAGGGAAUGCAAGAACAGCUGUGAUGAUACCUUGGCAAACUAAACUUUUAUUUUCUUACAGAA